AUACAGGAAGCAUAAAGCUGCAGUAAAUCUAGCAAUUCAACGGCAGUUCGACGAGUAAGUCAGUAAAGCCAUUGCUUUACACCGCAGGGGGGCCCCCAGGAAAAUGCUUCCGGCCGUGACAGUGGGGCUCAUGCUCGUGUCUUUGACCUGUGGAGAAAAUCCUGCAGUGCAAGUCGUUCUGACCAACAAAGGACUUCAGUACGGAAAGCAUGUCGGCACGGGAUGGAUUCAGGAAAAGUUGGAGUCUGUAACUCUCCCUGACAUCAGCGGGAAAUUACGCAUCGGCAUCAUUGGCAACAUAGACUACACACUGUCAGGCAUCAGUGUUACAAAGUGCGACCUUCCUGAGCCUUCUGUCGAGUUCUAUCAGAGCACCACAGGAUUCAAGACAUCCGUCUCAGGCCUCAGCGUCGCACUAACCGGCGAGUGGAGGGCACACUAUGGAAUCAUACAUACCAGUGGGACAGUCAGCCUGGCUAUAUUCAAUGUGGAUGUGACCUCUGUUGUGAAGUUGGGGAACGACACCAACAGGCACCUGUCGGUCAGCAGCGUCAGCUGUAAUGCUGCGGUCGGAGGUGUGGACAUACAGGUCCAUGGAGGACCCAGCUGGAUCGUCAAGAAAGUGGUGGCUCAUUUCAAGGGGAAGAUCGCAGGUGACAUAAGGGACAGGAUCUGCCCAAACGUGGAGGAAUCCAUUGCAGUCUUGGAGCAGCACCUACAGGCCAUGAACGUUUCCUUUGACGUGAAUCAAGUCGUCACUCUUGACCUCCCUCUCACCGGCUUACCUAUUGUUGAUGCUUCAAGUCUGAAUCUGGGUCUCAAGGGAGAGUUUUACAGCAUCAAAUCUCCGACAGAGCCGCCCUUUCAGGCCAAGCCGUUCACGGUGCCCGAGCAGCCGGGCCGCAUGCUGUCAGUGGGCCUGUCUGAAUUCACCCUGAACUCCGCCUCAUAUGGUUACUACUCAGCUGGAGCGUUGCAGGCCGUCAUCAAUGACAGCAUGUUACCUAAAUUCUCUCCAGUGCACCUAAAUACCAGUUCAAUGGGGCCGUACGUUCCUGGGCUUCCUAAGAUGUUUCCAGGCCUGCUGAUGAGUCUGCAGGUUUAUGCCAGAGAGGUUCCCCUGUUCUCUUUCCUGCCUGGCGCCGUCUAUCUGGACCUGAGGGGCGCCGUCAAGGCUUUCGCCAUCCAGCCAAACGGUACCCAGACCCCACUGUUCAAGCUCAACGUUGACUCACUAUUCAGCAGUAAAGUGUGGAUCGCUGACGGCCAACUGAAGGGCUCCAUGGCGCUGAACAACCUCACGGUGACGCUGGUCUCGAGCGAAGUGGGAACCGUUAAGACUGACGCUAUCCAGAACAUUUUGUGGAAGGCGUCGAGCUUUGCCAUGAUUCAAGUGAACCGGAUCCUGGCUAAAGGUGUCACUUUACCCAGAAUGAAACAGGCAGAGCUGGUCAACACAGUUCUGGAGGUGGAUAAGGGGUUUAUAGCCGUCUUCUCAGACGCUCAGGUGCUGAUGACUGACUGACCGGCCUGAUCAGCCAUGGACGCUCUUCAUCACAGCUUGAAUUCAUCAGCUUCAAACCAGUGUGUGACAAAAGCACUUACAGGAGCCUUGCUAUGCACGUGAUCAAUAUUUCUGUACUCGGAAUUUACACAUCUACAGCUCAUCAGGUCAGCAGUGAUCACGCCUGCAGCUCAGCUUUAUAAAUGCAUAUAAAGUGGAGGUGCACAGCCUAAAACCUGAUCUUUUUUUUUUUUUUUCCACUAGAUGAUGUAAAAAACAAUAAAUAUGUUUUGAUUACA